AUGGAACGGGGUGUGGGUAAAACAUCCAUCCUGGUAGAAAUCAAUAAUCGACUUUUGAGGGAGAGCACAACUUUUGAUCAUGUCAUUUGGGUCACGGCAUCUGAGGAUUUAAAUGUCAAAAAAUUGCAAAAGGAUAUUGCUAGAGAAGUAGGUUUAUCUUUUAAUGAUGAAGAUGAUGAAAUGACAAGAGCAGCUCAAUUACUUGAAGCCUUUUUGCGAAAAUUUCGAUUUGUUUUAGUUAUAGAUGACUUGUGGGAAGCAUUUCCUUUUGAGGUCAUAGGAAUCCCAUUCCCAGGUGCGUUAUGCAAGGUGACAAUACCUACCAGAUCCACGACGGUUUGUCGUGUCAUGGAAACAAUGAGAGAGAUUGAAGUUAGUGUGCUUUUUGAAGAAGAAGCAUGGAGCCUCUUUAAACAAAAGGUCGGUGACGAGGUGCUAGCAUCUCCAAGAUUACAAGCUGUUGCCAAGAAUGUGUCGAAGGAGUGUGGAGCUGUCCCACAAGCUAUUGUAACAGCUUUUCUGAAGCACGAUGUGGUUGGAACGCAUUUUGGUCCGUUUAAAUGA